AUGGAAGUAACAAUCGAAGAAAAGAAAAUUCAAGUAACAGAAAGCAUCAUCAGAGAAUCUCUCCAAAUUGAGGAUAGAAUUGAGUACCCCAUGGAGAUUGACGUUCAUCAAACUGAGGAAAUCUUAGAGCAUAUGGGAUACGAAGGAACUUUUCCUCCUACAAUCAAGAAGUUGCUUCCUCAAUGCUGGAAGCUUUUGGCCCAUGUGUUCGUGAGUUGCAUUUCUGGCCGGAGAUCAGGAGCAAACGAGAUUUCUUUGGCCAACACUGGUGCCAUUGCAGCAUUGGCAGCAGAGAAUGUUAGAGAAGAAUCAGAAGAACAAUCCAUGCCAAUGGAAAAUGAAGAUAUUCCUCACUCUCCCACCAAGCUGGAAGUGGAGGAGAUUCAUCACUCUCCCACAGCUUAUGUAGCUGAUGAGCAUGAUAAUCUGAAAGAAAAUGAUUCAAAAUCUUCUCGAGAGGAUGAUGAAAAUGAUCUCUAUGAAGAUAUGGAGUUUUUGAAAGAAAUCGACUUUACAGGAAUCAAUGACGACAUUCCAACAAACAUAGAGUUUGAUUUUGGUGAUGAAGAUUUUGAUCCUUUUCUUGAUAUUCCCAGUAGCCGUCCCUUGGAUAUCACAACAAGCCAAGGAGAUGUGACAUCAGAGAUUCCUCCCUUUGUGUCACCUGUCUCAACAUCAUCUCCAGUCAUUUCUGACUUAACUGAACCUCAGACUUCUCAGACUUCGAUAAGAACAAGCCAAUCUCUUGAAAGUAUGGAGGUACCCUCUGUAAGAUGUGCUCCUCAAGUUAUUUCAACAAUCACUGCAACCUCUGCUCACUCUCCUCCAAAUCAGACUGAUGAAGAUGAAGCUUCUAUUAGAUUAGUAAAAUAUCUGGCUCAAUCUGGUCCAACCUCUUCACACGGGAAAGGAAUAUCAUUUAACGAGGGUCGGACAGAUGAUGACAAAUCCUCUUCGUCUGAUCUCCGAGAGGAAAUUAGAAUUCUCCGCAAACAGCUCAUUGAAAAGUCAAUUCAAAUGGAUCAGCUUUCUGCACAUAUCUUUGAGCUCGGGGCAAAGGAUGAAGAAAAGACCAAACAAAUCAAUGAUCUACAAACGAGUCUUGGAUAUGUUCUAGCUAAUUAUUUCAAUCUCAAAAACAUAUUGUAUGAUGCUUUUGAUGAAGAAGUCAAAGCCCUCUUCCAACAGCCUCAUGGAGUAGUUGAUCCUCCUUCUGUUCAAUCACCUCCUGCAACUGAAGAUCUACCUGUCAACCCACCUGCUCCAAGAACAACUACAAUUGUCAACAGGUUUGAAAAAGAAGCAGAAGGAAGCAGAGCAAGAAUCACAAUCAAACAGGGCAAAAGAAUCGUAACUGCAAAUCAAAGCGAAGGCCUUUUAUUCAUGAAAAAUUCUAAUGAAAAUCGCAAAACAAGAGACCCUGUCUCGACAAUAAUGGAUUUGAAGAAAAGAAAGUUUGGUGAUGAGUAUGGUGACAGGACAGGAGCAUCUGAAUGUUACAAAAGCACCCAUGAUUUCAACUCGUGGACCAAAAUCGAUCUAGCUGAAUUAUCCAGGGCCCCAUUCCAUAACCCCUCUAAAGAUCCUAAUGCUUCAAAUUUCAAAAGAUUUCUCGACAGACAGCCUGCAACUAAGAAACAAAAGGAAAUUCCUAUUCCUCAACAUUUUCAUGAGGGAUAUCUGGAUGACAUGAAAUUUUGGGCAUAUGAUGACGAAACUACUACUGCAACUAUAAAAUUUAAAAAUCAGGAACAUGUUCUAAGAUUGAUUAGUGCUAAAGAUCUUCUCCGUUUCAGAGAAAGGGAUAUACGAACUUUGGCUCGUCAUCAAAUCAUUUGCAGAAAAGAUGCCAUGGAAGCUGCCGCUAAAGAAUUCACUGCAAUGGUGGCUACGAUCAUAAAAGGAAGAUUGUGGAUGGGAUCGAUGGGGACAUCAGAUAUGAGGUUGUUUGAAAAGUCUGCUGAGGAGCCAAAAGAGUGA